AUGAGCGCCAACAUCGACGAGUUCACCGACACGCUCAAUGCCGAACAGUCAGUCGUCCCCCACCUGAACUCUCGACGGCGACGCGCCCACCGGCUCCACCGGCUCCACCUCGCUGACUCUGUCACAUCCUACCUAGAUACGUCGACUUGCAGAAGCUAAGGUCCUACUCUCGUUACGGCAUCCCUCCUGCCAUCCGAGGAGUACGUCCUCCGUGUGGCGCCCAGCUCAUUGCUGGCGGGAAAUGCAGCCGCACCUCUUGCGCGUUCAGCUCACACCGUGCUUUUGAUGUUGCUCGUAUCAGGAAGUCUGGCUGUAUCUGUUGGGCGUCCUAUCGCCUGAUCGAAGUAAGCCACUUUGUUUCGUCCCGUCGUCCGUCGGGGAGUAUUGGUGCUGAUCUCGAGCCCCUCUUUGCCUCCUCACCAGCCAACGAAAUCGUCAGUCAUCUAUCCUAUAUCGCACUUCGGACUCGAAAGAUCAGACGUCCCCUACCAGGUCUCAGCGCUGACUUCCGCCCCUGUCCCCCACCGACUUCCUCCCUAGACGUCGGUCCGAUCGAAAUAUGCCUCCUACGCCAACAUGGACAAGCUACCGCCGACCCACGCCCACCGCCUCCGUCUCGAAUGCACACGCUACUACAACCGUCGUCUCGUCCCUUACGCCCGUAGACGACGCCAACCCGGUCUCGCCCCCAAUUCGAUGACCACCUCCGCGAUGAUUCGUCUCUCCCUUACCACGUCAAUGCCCUCGACGUCGCCGGGGACGAGUUCGAUCGCGGUCAAAAGCAACAAUGAGGACGAAGCGAUGGAUAUCAUGGCUUUUACGACCUCGGUCGAGAAUGUCUUGUCCGCUUAUUUGAAUAGGAAUUUGGCGACAGAGUAUCAUCAUGGGUUGGUCCCGUUGGUCGCGCCGGUCAGUGAGGAGGAUUUAUUGAGGAUGGGCGAAUCGUAUAGCGGACUUGCCCUCAUGGAUUUGGUUCUUUGUGUCGACAGUUGGUCUGGACGCUCAAGACGGAAGCGGGGAUGUACUUCUCCUUUGAACGCCUCAUGACCAUUCGAGGUCACUCACCCCUCACCGCCUCCCCGAAGAAGCCCCAUCCUCAAAAACUGACCCCUCCCACCUCCCACGACCCACAGAAGAAUACACCUCGAAGCACCCCCUGCCCGCACGCCUCACCUUCUUCAUGACCAUCUUCCGACAAUUCCUCCCCGACCUCUUCUCCUACUUUGAAGAAGAAGCCGUCGAUACGCGCGAACUCGCCGCCGCCUGGCUCGAAUCGCUCUUCUCUCGUGAGAUGCCAAUAGGUAUGUUGAUGCGAGUUUGGGACGUUUAUUUCAGCAUCCAAGACCCGAUGGAGUUUCAUCCGUUCGUGUGUUUGGCGAUUUUGACGACGUGCAAGGACGCGUUGGAGGAAUUGGAUCAGAGUGAGGUUAGGAGUAUGUUGUUAAGUUUGCCCGUGAUGGAUGUUGAUAGGGUCAGUUCGAGGGCGCAUGAAUCAGUCGACACUGGUGAGGAGCUGUGCUGAUCAGGACCCAGCGAUCUGCCCUUUUUGACAGCUUGUCGUGGAGGCGCAUAACCUUCGACUGUCCUAUCAACACUCGCAAACGAGGGGUGGAGGUCAAUGGGCUGUCGAUUAUUGA